GCUCUUAACGCAGGAGAUUUCCUAUACAAACAAUGGCGUCACGAAAACCUCUCAGCGAACCGGGAUGGACAAAUAAUUUAUCGAUUGUUCCAGACAUUUCAAUGUGUGACGUUGUAAAAAUAAUUCAGAAACACUCUAAAGUUCCAACUAAACAUCUUGACAAAGGCUACAAGUUUUUUCAUGGCUCGUAUGUGCAUAAUAUUGAAGUGAAGAUGAACAAAGAAGGUUGCCAUGUGCGAGGAAAAUGUUUCCGAUCCAUGAAAAAAAACGAGUCACCGUGGUCAUUGCAUAUAUCCCUGUUGAACACAAAAGAAAUUGAGAGCCAGUACUGUGCAUGUUCGGCUGGGAAAGGUUCAUGUGCUCAUGUGGCUGCCCUUGUGUAUCAACUUGCACACUACAAAACCCUGAAAAUGAAAUCUGUUCCCGAUAUUGUUUCAAAAACUUCAUCUCCACAACUUUGGCAAGUGCCACCGAGAACUCAUGGAAUUGUGCCAAGGCCACUCUCAGAUGUUAAGUUUGUGAAACCAAAGUCCAAGAAAAAUGAAAAUUCUGAGCAAUGUGUAUGUAGCACACUGUACAAUCCUAUCAAUACACAAUUUCCAGACAUUGAAUUUAUGAAAGGAUUACAAUUAAUUGUUUCAAAUUCGGAAAUUCAGUUAAACAAAGUGUUGCCGGACAAUUUUGACAGUAUUGAAACAAAAAUGAGCUCAUUUUGGUAG